AUGAAGACUGUCGCCACCCUCCUGGCCUCCGUUGGCCUCGUCGCCGCCCAUGGAUACGUUGACAGCGCCACCAUCGGCGGAGAGGUCUACCAGUUUUACCAGCCCUACAUGGACCCGUACAUGGGCGACAACAAGCCCGACAGGAUCUCCCGUUCCAUCCCGGGCAAUGGCCCCGUAGAGGACGCCACUUCCAUCGACGUCCAGUGCAACGCCGGCUCCGAGCCGGCCAAGCUCCACGCCCCUGCCGCCGCCGGCUCCGACGUGACCCUGAACUGGACUCUCUGGCCCGACUCCCACGUCGGCCCGGUCAUCACCUACAUGGCUCGCUGCCCCGACUCCGGCUGCCAGGACUGGUCCCCGGGCACUGAGGCCGUCUGGUUCAAGGUCAAGGAAGGCGGCCGCGAGGGCACCUCCAACACCUGGGCUGCCACCCCCCUGAUGGUCGCCCCCGCCGCCUACACCUACACGGUCCCGUCGUGCCUCCAGGACGGCUACUACCUGGUGCGCCACGAGAUCAUCGCGCUGCACGCGGCCUGGGAGUACCCCGGCGCCCAGUUCUACCCGGGCUGCCACCAGCUCGAGGUCACCGGCGGCGGCUCCACCGUGCCCUCGUCCCUGGUCGCCUUCCCCGGCGCCUACGAGGGCAGCGACGCCGGUAUUACCUUUGAUGCUUACAAGGCCCAGGAGUACCCUAUUCCGGGACCGGCUGUGUUCUCUUGCUAG